AUGGAACAAAUAGAUUCCAUUCCAGGAAAGUUAUUAUGCGCAAUCUAUAUGUUAUCUAAAAGCUAAUAAUUGAGUAUUAAGCAAAAAAGUCAUUUGAAAGAUCUUGUAAUUUAAUAAGAUCAAAGAAUGAUUGAUAUCAUCUAGGAAUAUCUCGAAAAUAAAAACAACAAAUAGUUAUUUGGAUAGCUAUUACAAAUAUCUAAUGAAGAAUCAUUUAUAUCUGAUGAUUGUGUCUCACAGACUAGUAAUUAUAAGUAUCGUCGUCCUCCAAUGAUUAUCUUACACAACAAAAAGUUUGAACUGAAUUUUAGAAAGUUUAGUCAAGGGUACAAGGUGAGCUCAGAAAAGUCAUUAAGUUAUAACAAAUAAAGACAUUAGAAUACAUAUGAGAGUUGA